UCCCGGCGGCCCGCCGCUCGGGCGGCUCCAGCGUCCGCGAGGACUGCGUUCCGGGCUUCGGCCCCCGCCCCGCCCCUCGGUCGCUGCCCCCGCCGCCUCCCCCGCCCGGCGCCAUGGCCGCUGGGGCCGGGGACGGCUCGGUGAAGCCGCUGCAGAGCGCCAUGAAGCUGGCCAACGGGGCCAUAGAGCUGGACACCGGCAAUCGGCCCCGGGAGGCGUACACAGAAUACCUGAGGAGCAUCCACUACAUCUCCCAGGUGCUGCUGGAAGAAGUGGAGAUGGCGAAAGACGCUGGGGAACCUGUGCCUGCUGACACAUCAAAGAUGCUGAAGCUAGCGGAGCAGUGUCUGGAGAGGGCCCAGUCGACAGCUACCAAGCUUGGGAAGACGCGCCUGAAGCCAGCCAUGCCUGCUGCUGCUUCCAUCCCCUCACCUACCAGCCGACACCGCCGGGUGUGUUCCGACGAAGGGGGGAAGCUCUCUCCCUUCCUGCCGCCUGAGAUCUUCCAGAAGCUGCAGGUGGUAGAGUCACAAAGCUCUAAGAAAGAGCUGACGCCACUGGAGGAGGCCUCCCUGCAGAACCAGAAGCUGAAGGCUGCCUAUGAGGCCCGGAUGGCCCGUCUGGACCCCAGCCAGGCCAUGCAAAAAACAUCCCUGACCCUAUCUCUGCAGCGUCAGAUGAUGGAGAACCUGGUGAUCGCCAAAGCCCGGGAGGAGACACUGCAGAGGAAGAUGGAGGAGCGCCGGCUACGGCUGCAGGAGGCCGCCAACAGGAGGUUCUGCAGCCAGGUUGCCCUGACCCCAGAGGAGAGGGAGCAGCGAGCCCUUUAUGCCGCCAUCCUGGAGUAUGAGCAAGACCACGACUGGCCGAAGCAUUGGCGGGCUAAGCUCAAGAGGAGCCCCGGGGACCUGUCUUUGGUGACCAGCCUGGUCUCACACCUACUCAGCCACCCCGACCACCCGAUCUCGCAGCUCCUGAAGAGGCUGCAGUGCGCCGUGUACAGCGCGCUGUAUCCUGUGGUGAACCGGGCAGCCGUGGCGCCACGUCCACCCUGGGGCACCUGCUCCCUGAGCCCCGACACUGAGCGGCUGCUGGCUCCUGGAAGCCGCCGCCUGCGGUCUUCACAGAGCUUGUACUGCGUGCUGUCCCCACCGGAGCCCAGCGCAGCCCCGCAGCCCCCAGAUGGCAUCCCCGAGCCCCCCACACCCCAGCUCCGCCCCAGCCCUGUGGACAGAGGGGUGGACAGCAGCGUGGGCCCCCCCUCUCCCCUGGCGGAUGCUGCAGCACGCCUGCCCGACAGGGACAGCUCCUUUGAGGACCUGGAGCAAUUCUUGGCUGUGUCUGAGAGGCGGGGCUGGGUCCGCUCUGGGCAGCCGGAGCCCCUGCUGGAGCAGCUGAAGCAAGCAGUACAAGACAUACACGACGCUGUCGACAGGUUGCUCUCGCUGACCCUUCUGGCCUUCGAAGGCCUGAAUACAGCAGCCUCCAAGGACCGCUGCCUGGCAUGCCUUGAGGAGCCCUUCUUCUCCCCGCUGUGGCCCCUGCUGCUGGCGCUGUACAGAAGUGUGCACCGCGCCCGGGAAACCGCCCUGAGCAAGAGCAUGGAGCUGUAUAGGAACGCACCCCCCUCGGCUGUGGGCAUUCCUGCCAAGCUCCUCCCCCGGGGCCCCGAAGCCAAGGGGGCUGCCACCUACCCCUACUGUGCGGCAGCCCAGGAGCUGGGACUGCUGGUCCUGGAGAGCUGCCCCCAGAAGAAGCUGGAGUGCAUAGUGCGGGCACUGCGGGUCAUCUGUGUCUGUGCGGAAGACUACUGCCAUGCCCAAGAGGUCGCAUCCCAGGCUGGACCCCAGCCCACGACUGCAGCUGCCAUUGGCGCUGAUGACCUGCUGCCCAUCCUGUCGUUCGUGGUACUUCGGAGUGGCCUCCCCCAGCUGGUAUCCGAGUGUGCGGCCCUGGAGGAGUUCAUCCACGAGGGGUAUCUGAUUGGAGAGGAGGGGUACUGCCUGACAUCGCUGCAGAGUGCCCUGAGCUACGUAGAGCUGCUGCCCCAGGGGGUGCUGAGCAAGUAGCAAGGCUGGACCCCAGGGUACCCAAAGGCCAGGCCUCCCAGGGUCUCUACCCUGCAUCAGAGCCACAGGACCUACAAGGAGCAUCCGGGCCUCGUGCUGCUCUGCACUCCUGGCACAGGCCUGGGAGUCUUGUCUGUGGUGGGGAGCUCCCUGGCUCUCCUUACUCCCUCACCCCACAUGCGCCCUCAGGGGCUCAGGCUGGCACCUCUGCUCCCAACAGGACGCAGCCGAAUCAGCUCCCAGGAACUGGGCCCUUCUCCCGCGUGAGUUUCUGAGGUCUGUGAAGGGAGCAAGCUGUGGGCUGCCCGGGCUGCCCGCCCAAUGGGCCUCUCUGGCAGUGGGUACUGGGUCAACUGAACAUCUGGCCAGUCCUGGCCCACCUUCGAGAACAGAUGCUAGGCAGUUCCUGGGGGUCAGGGCAGAGCUGGCAGCUGGGUUUCUCACCCUUCUCGUCCUCUCGGACUGUUCCAGCUCCUCUGAGCCCAUUUCUGCCUGAGUCAAGGACAAGAGCCUGCACCCCUCACUGCAGGGGCCUGGUCGGGUGGCGAGACUGUGCUGUUUAUUUAUUGCACUGUGACUGUUCUGCCAGCCUGCAGUAGCCCAGGCCAUCUGUGUGUCUAUGGCCUCGGACAGUCCCUGCAACUUGCUCACCCUGGUGGUGGGCAGUGAACAUUCCAGAUCCCCUGACCUACUCUUACCCCUGGACAUCCUCUCCCAGAUCAGUGUGAGCCCAAAGGUCGGCACCCCGACUGAUAGGUGCCCCCACGAGGCCACCAACCCAGCCUAAAAUAAAGAGGUUGCUGCUGUUUU